AUGGCAGCCGUUCAUGUUCUGAAUACUCCUGAGCUUCUCUCGUUGAUUCUACAACACUUUGAAGAACACAAGCAAGAUGAUUUUCUUGAAGACAGGCCCACCAAACUCAGAAACCGGUCAAGUCGAUCCGAUCUGGCAAAACUCGCUCUAGUGAAUAGUUCCUGGUUUGAGACGGCUACCAGAGUACUCUGGAGCUACGAAGAAUGGGGCCCGACGCUCAGAGAUCUGGCCAAGAUCAGAUCAAGCCGUCAACAGAUAUAUGCCUCGAAAAUCGCCUCGAUCAAGAUCAAGGGCAAGACUGGACGCACGCUAGACACUACCGCUCUUUCGUUUCCUCGAGCGAGGAGAUUGCGCUUCUUGGAGAUUGGUCGGCAGGAUGGUCUACCGGUAACCUUCGUAAAGCAAUAUCUACGCCCAUCCAUCAACUCGAUAUAUUUCGAGGUUUGGGAUAACAGUUUCAACAAGGAGUUGCUUACUGGCAUGGGUACUCAGUGUCCUCGACUGCGCUCACUGAGACUUGUGGUUCGGGAGAACAGCAACACAGACAUUACGCCUGAGGAUUUCAAUGAAUUUGUUCGCAAACAGUCACUGGAGUGUGUGUUCAUCGGAAUUGAACCGUCGCUGGUGACGAAGGAUUUGUUAUCUACAUUAGGAGGAAUGGGAACUCUCAAAAACUUGUCCAUCAUCACACCUGUGUCUCUCCAACAGAUACCGGACUGCUUUCUGGACGAAGAUGUCGGAUUCUUCAAAAACCUCUAUCAGGUUGACCUCAGACUCGAGAGAGAAGCUGUAAGCGCUGCCACUAUGGCAAUCCGUCAUGCGUCAAGAGCAAAACUUGAAAUCAUAUCUCCAGGUCCGCAGGACCUCACACCUAUGUUUUCGAACUUCAAGCAUAUGAAUAGCCUGGUUGAUCUGGCAAUCUAUCUCAAAGGAUCGGAUUUAAGCUUGGACACGAAGGACUUUGGCUGCAUACGUACUUUGAAAAGUCUGGAGUACCUGGUGGUCAGACGCGAGCCACCGUCUACUCAUACUCCCAUUCCUGGUUUACACGACUCUAUUCUCAAACCCAUCUUCGGUUCACCUCGACUAAACAGCUUCACUUGGCAGAUGGGUUGGUUGGAUGUCUCAAUCAAGAACCUAUGCAAAUUAUCGUAUUAUAACCCCAAUCUCCGGCACAUUCUUCUCAACGGAGCCUGUGAUCUGGAAGCCUUGACCGACCUCCCUGGCUGCCUGUUCCCAAACCUUCAGACACUUAUAUUGCAAAACCCUGUGCUUACAGGACAACGAGGUCGCAUUGUAUUCAAGCGUAUUGCCGCACAGAUACUCACCCAUGCGCCGCAACUCAAGACAUUAAGCUUUAACCAAGACCCGCAAUCCAAAGUCGUUGGAUCUUGGAGAAGACUGAAGCAACAAGGAGCAGCUCGGUGUCAAGAUCUGGCGAGAUUCGUACGCCCCAUGAACUUGGAGGAUAUGCUUGAGUGUACAGUUCCGAAGUGGCGGAGAGAGUUGAAUGAGGCUAUUGCAUCUCGUCCAGACCCUCGAGACCCUCGAUUUACAAGAGCAGAGGCUCCUGAACCCCAGACGUCUAGCUCGUGA